AUGAAGUUCUCUACUAGUGCUCUGGCCCUUUUGGCCACUUCUGUUGCUGCCAACGACACACCCUGGUCGGCAUGGCCAGGUAGCUCAAGCAGCAGCGCUACUACCACCACAACUGCCAAGCCUACCACCACCACGACAGUUCCUACCACAACAACUACAACUACCAAGACACCCAAGGCUGUAUCGUCUACCACCUGGGGUGUGUGGGGUGAUUCGAGCUCAAGCUCAACCACCACUACCAGCAAGUCUACCACCACGACCACGACCACCACUCCGAAGGCUUCGACUACGACGACAACAAAAACUCCAGAAGCUUCGACAUCCAGCAACUGGGGCCCAUGGUCGAGCUCGAGCUCAAGCAGCAGCACUACCACCACCAGCAAGACUCCCAGUGCAUCUACUAGCUCAACCAAGACUUCGACUUACUCAACCUGGGGACAGUGGACUUCGUCUUCAAGCACAACUACCACCACCACCACAACGUCGAAGACCCCAAGCGCUUCGUCUAGCACAUGGAAAGCGUGGACAUCCAGCACUACUAGCUCUGCACCAAAGCCCACAACAACUGCGUCUGAGAGCCACGAUUGGCAGGCUUGGUCAUCGAGCACAACCACUACCGUGCCAAAGUCAUCUACCACUACCACCACAAAAUCUCCAGCUGCUUCAAGCCACACUUGGGAAGCUUGGUCGUCUAGCACGACUACCACUGCGCCAAAGCCAUCCACAACCACGACAACUACCCAAACCCCAGUAGCCGUCAGCCACACCUGGGAGGCUUGGUCUUCUAGCACAACCAACUCGGUGCCAAAGCCCACAACUACUUCCUCCAAGCCUGCACCAGUGUCCUCUUCCUGGGGAGUAUGGUCGUCCAGCACUACUACCACUGUGCCGAAGCCAACUACUACAACUACCAAGGCACCAACCACGACCAGCAAAGUUGUGGUUCCGACCACAUCCUCGAAGCCUGCACCAGCAUCUUCUUCGUGGGGCGCAUGGUCAAGCCCAGCUGCUGUAGUUUCGAGCCCAGUUGCUGAACACUCCUGGUCUGCCUGGUCGAGCUCAGUUGCAUCCUCAUCUACCAAGCCAUCGACAACUACCCCUGUGCCAGUCGUUUCCUCCUCAUCCAAGCCAGUCCCAUCAUCUUCUGCUAAGCCCUCUUCGAGCUCGGUGGUUCCUGUUCCAAAUGCUCCUUACUCGUGGUCAGUCUGGACUACAUCCACUGUGCCAGCUCCAAAACCAUCCACCACUACUCCUGUGCCAAUUGUCUCAUCUACCAAGCCAGCCCCUGCACCACCUGCCUCGACCAGUACCACAACCAAGCCAGCUCCAGCCCCACCUGCACCUGUCUCAAGCUCAAGCGUUCCAGCACCUGUACCAGUCAGCUCUUCAACAUGGCAAGUGUGGACUACCUCAGUCGUCCCUGCUCCUAAGCCGUCUGUCUCCACGGCUUCUCCUGUUGUAGCACCACCAGCAUCAUCAUCUCCUGCAGCACCAGCCAGCUCUGCACCAGCAUCAAAGGCUUCAUCCGCAGCCCCAGUGCCAGUCCCAGCUAGCUCCAGCCCCGCUGCCGUCUCUUCGAGCGUAGCUGUUCCAGCUGCCAGUCAAGCAACAUCUACCAGGGCCCAGGCUGCGUCAUCCACGAGCAGAGCUCCAGUUGCCACAUUCACUGGUGCUGCUGACAAUGUCAAGCCAGCGAUGGGAGCCAUCGCUGCCAUCAUGGCUGUCGUCGCUCUUGCAUAA